UUCAAGUCUCAAGGUCAUAGGCCAAAGUAAUUUAUAAACGCUUUGGAUUUCCGGGCGAUUUUGUUGUCGUUUUGCUUCAUUCUUACAUGUAAACUUAUCCUGGUGUUUUACUGUAGAUGAUUCCUCCAGAUGAUUUCAUCAAAAAUUGUUUGGAAGCACAUAAUGCAAAAAGACUUCUUCAUGGUGUUUGUGCUUUACGGCAUAGUCGCGCGUUAGAUAAGACGGCUCAAGAUUGGGCUGAAGAACUACUGUCUGAAGAUGGAAUAAAAAACAGUCCACAUUCAAGUCGAGGUGAAGUCGGGGAAAGUAUCAGUGUGCGUACAAGCACAGGAACUAAUGUAGAUAUGCAAGGUGAGGAAGUCGUAAAUCAAUGGUAUUCAGAUGUAAAAAACUAUAAUUAUGAAAACGGUAAAGGACCUGCAGGUAACUUUACACAACUGGUAUGGAGUUCAACUCGUGAAGUUGGCUUCGGUAAAGCCUGUGGUCCUGGAAAGUGUGUCGUUGUAGCGCACUAUCGUCCUCCAGGAAAUGUACUAGGUCAUUACCUAUCGAAUGUCUUUCGUCCAAAUGAAUCAUUAGAGAAGAACACUAAUCAGCCAACGUAUGAUACGUUCUCUUUGAAUAAUGAUACUCCAAAAACAGUUAUUACUGAAACACUAACUGAAAGUGAUGGAAAACGGUAUAAUGUUCGACGAGAGAUCUCUGAAUUGACUGAUGACAAAGGAAAGACUAGGCGAUGUAUCAAUGAAGUCUACACAGAUGCUUGUAAAGAGGAAAGAAACGCAAAAUCCAAUUUAUCACCAGGUGACCAUUCACUUGAUGGUAAUCAACUCCAAGAAUCCAUUCGCUCGGUCGUUCAACUUCAUAAUGAUUAUCGUAGUCAGCAUGGUUCCAGUCCACUUGUAAUUGAUCAGAAUCUUUCGGAUAUGGCACAACAAUGGGCUGAUCAUUUACUUCAACAAUCACAUUUGUCCAAUAGUGGAUAUGUUUAUCGUGGCAUAAAAGUAGGUGAAAAUCUGGGAAGUCGCUGGUCUAAUGGACCGAUGGAAGUUAAUUGUAAAGAUCUAAUUGAGCGUUGGUAUCAAGAAUCAGAAAAAUAUAAAUUUGAUUCUGAGCCGGAUAGUAUUCAGGGUAUAGGUAAUUUUACUCAAAUUGUAUGGUCAAGUUCCAAAAGUAUUGGGGUUGGCAUUGCAAGUCAGUCCUACAAAACCGGAGGGGACUUACAUAAAGAUUCAAAACUAAUCUUAGUUUGUUUGUAUCAUCCUCCAGGAAAUGUUAUUAGUCAAUUUAAAGAUAAUGUUAAAAAAUCUGUCAAAUGAAAUACAAAUGUAUCAUUUAAACAAUUAUUGAAACCAUUGAUCAUCAAAUGAACAAAUAUUUCUCAUUGCUUGUUUUUAUCCUCGAAACAAUGUUGCUGAAUUCGUUAUACUUUUUAUUUCUAAUUAUCAAGUUUCUUCAAAAGUCAUAUUAUGCACCAUCUAGAUAAUUUCCAUAUUUCCUAUGCUUUGUUUGCAUUAAUCUUAUACUACUUAAAAUGUAUCAGUAAAUGAAAAAAAAACCCAAUUUUUAAUUACUUUAAAUAUUGAAAAUUUGAUAAAGUAAUGUACUCAUAACACAAUAAUUUCUUUUAUCAUCAAGAUACUUAAAUUAUAAAUGAAAGGUUAAUAGAUUUUUGAACUAUUUUUUUUUGAUACAUAAGAACAAUGCAGUUUAAUUUACGAACUACUAAUAAUAUUUCAAUGUAGUUCAAUCAAAAUGCAAAUAAUCAUUCCUUUUUUGGAAAAAAAUGACAUUUGUGAACAAAUUAUUAGAACUAUUUAAAAUACAUGAAGACGAAAGUUAUGUGUCGGGUAAUUACGAGUAAAUUUGUUAAUAUAGCGAUCUGUAAGGCAUCCGAAGUUAAUGCUAUCUUUUGUAAUUCCAACAAAAUAUUAAAUGGUUAAAAUACUUCAAAAUAUUUUCAAAACAGAUGUGAAUACAACCAGUGGGUGAUUAUCUAAUCAGACAAUAACCUAAGUGUAGGUAAUAAAUCCACAAUAUAAAGACCAUUAUUUACUUGCUGAAGCAAUGAAAUUAUGACAUAUAUGUGUAAUAAAAUGUAGGGAAUUUCUUUGAAUGUAUUCUCUGCCAAAAGAAGCAGCAAUAAAAAUUAUAGUAUCGCAGUAUAUUUUAUUUCAUACAAAGCUGUGUUUGCACUGUGUCUCCCAUUAGGUCAAACUAAUGAGGAAGAUAAUAUAGUAUGGUGAAUCCUGUAUACCUAAACUUAAUGAUAUAACAUCGGUGAGUAAUUAUUUUAAUUUCCAGGGAGCUAACACCCACCUCGUUUUGCAUUUAUUUUUUUCUUAAAAGAUGAAUUCUUAACGUUCUAAUAGUUAAAAACUUGGAUCGAUAACCAUAAAUCUUCAUUUAUUUCAGUCUACUUAGUUUUGUUCAGUUUGAUACAGUUUACGCAUUGCUCAGACAUUCAUCGGAAUUCUGAAACAAAGGUGUUUUCCUGUGGAAAACAGCCAUCUCUUGACGUCUAGUUAAACGUAGAUGAUCGAUAUGAAAUGGACGAAAUUCGGACGACGCUCGAAAAUGUUACAAUCAUCUACACUUCCGGACCAGAUGUUUCUCACAGGGAUGGUAUCCCUGUGUGCACUUCCAAACACUGCUGUUGUUCGCAUGGACUAUUAGUGAAUCCCACUCACAUUUCGUCAGAGAUCGAACCAAGGAUCUUCAUAUCUUGCACAUGUGACUAACUACUUGACCAUUAAAUCAAGAUUCAAAGAUCGAUAUUCCCAACUGUAAUAAGUGUACGGUAAAAUGCAGCGACCAUCCAUUGUAACUGAUGAUUGUCUUACUUCUAAUAUGACUCGGCUAUUGGAUAUUUAAAUACCAUAAUCAUGCAGCUCGCCUUUAGGGUGGAAACCCCUCUCUGUAAUUAGGUGAUUUCAAAUUAGAAUGAAUAAUCCACAGAUAAUUUUAUACCAUAUAUUACAA